CUAAACAGUGAGGUUAUUCACUAGCUACUCGUGAUCAAGCUAUCCUCAUACUGUUUCCUUCUCCCUCCAUUCCUUCCUCCCGUUCCGUUUCUCAUCGUCCGCUCCGUUCGCUGCCAUCGUCUCGUAUGUACGGUAUGUUUUUCUCAUAGUACUGGUCCGUACGGUGCGGGCCGGGGCAAGAAUGCACGAACCGGUAGAACGUGCGGAAUCAUCCAUCGAAGGAAGGAAGGAAGGAAGGAACGAACGAAUCAAUCGUCGUUUAGUACAGUAUAAGUGUACAGUACAGUGCUUAUGGCACGCACGGUGUACCAUACUGUACGUACGUACUCGACAAGCACACAAUGUCCCUGCGGUACAGUACUUUACGGUACAGUUCUGUACCGUAUAGUACGUGCAUGAAUGAAUCAUCCAUCCGUGAAACCCAGGGACCGGUCUCGAUCGUUCGAUUCGAUGGAUUCGUUCGAUCUCCCGGCCGGCGCAUCCACGGGCGACGGCGCUGCGUACUUGGUCAUGUCGAACAAAGAACCAAACAACAGCAGCGAAGCGACGCGAGUGCAGUGUGUGUGCCCUAGACGCUACCGUACGAACCUACCGUACGGGCAGGGGUCCUAACUUAACGACCCCUCCCUACGGGUCCGUACCGUACCGUACGUAGAGGAUCGCAUGGGACUCGUCCGGCAGGUAGUAGGCGGCAUAGGAUACCAUGCCGUAUCGUACCGAUGCGGUGCGGUGCGGUGCGAUGCGACGCAAUGCGAUGCGAUGCCGUUCGAAGGAAUGGCAUUCCUUCCGUCGUCUUGGGUACCAAGUACGGUACGGUACGGAUGCGUUACAGUUGCUGCACUGUACGACACGAUACGAGUACAUUACCGUACCGUACGGCAGCCCUUUCCGAUCGAAUCCAACAAAUCCACCGUGCUUGCCAUCCCGAGGCAAAGGAAAGCUCACCAAGGUCGAUUCGAUUGGAUUUGAUUCGAUUGGAUUUGAUUUGAUUUGAUUCGAUUGGAUUUGAUUUGAUUUGAUUCGAUUGGAUUUGAUUUGAUUUGAUUUGAUUUGAUUCGAUUCGAUUUCGAAGAGAAAGCACAACCGGAACCAAACCACCACGGGGGUUUGCGUCUUGAUUCGUCUCGUUGCAUUCUGUUUCGUUGCAUUCCAUCGCAUCUUGUCGCACCGCAUCUUGUCGCACCGCAUCUUGUCGCACCGCAACGAUUCCUCCCUCCGACGAACCCGAGCCGGAGAGAGACCCAGCCGCAACAGCGUUCGCCGCAAACGCAAACAAAACCACAAAGAAAACCACAAACCGGAGGAAGGGGAACCCGCGCUCGCACUCGCACUCGCACCCGACUACCCCCGCGGCCUUUGAGGUAGUUCUUCCGGCACGAAACGAACGCGGCAGAAGCAGGCCCGAGAAAAAGCCUGGGAAGGAUCCGGGGAGGAACUCUCUGCUCGUCCGCACCCUCGACCGUGUUUCGAGCAAUCCCUAUUUCAACUGCGGGAGCAGCAGCGACGGCUACGACUACGACUACAGCUACGAGGAGGAUUUUCGCAGGAACGUCUUGCUGUCUUGCCACCGAGGGAGCUACCACACCGGAAGCAACGGCCGAAGCAGUGCGAGCCGAAAGACCCACCGCCUCUUUCGGUGCGGAGCCGACACCGAUCGCAGCGACUCGGAAGACGACGCCUACGAGUACGAUCACGAGUACGAUCACGAGUACGAUCACGAGUACCAGCACCGGCACCAGUACCAUCACGAACACCGGUACGGGUCCUCGGCACGCGACCCGAAGCACCGACGCCCCCGCAAGGGCUCCCUCUACCGCAAAACCAUGAUGACGGCCGCCACGGCCAACGAGGAGGGAGGCAAGGCCGAGGCUACCGCCACGGCCCAGCAGCACCUCCAGACGACGGCCAAGCUGGCCCGGGGCUUUGCCGACGACGCCGGGAGGGCCAUCGGGAACCUCCUGCCGACGGCCUCCCUCCAGAACCUGACGGCCCGCAAGUACACCCUCCCGGACAAGACGGUGGCCUCCCAGGUCCUCAUGUACCGGCAGCUCCUGCACACCAAGUGCCGGCCGGGACUCCGGCUCUCCCGGAAUUACGAGGGGACCCCCGCGCAGGUGGCCGUGAUGCACAUGCCCUGGUGGGAGGAGGGGAUCGCCGAGACGAAGAAGAUGGUCAUUUCCUACGACAACCUCCUCCAGAGGCUCUGGCUCCACGGGGCCAUCGAGCCGUUCGAGGGUGCCAGUGCCAAUGCGAACACCAGUGCGAACGCCAAUGCCAGCGACGGGGACCUCCUGUCCCUCGGAGACGGCGCGGACCCGACCCCCGCCGGUCCCCCCGAGCCCCACACCGGCGACAACGGUGUACCGCCGGUCCCCCACCCCUUCUGGGUCGACCGCCUGGGAUUCCAGCAGCAGGACCCCGUCACGGACUUUCGCAGCGGGGGCGUCCUCUCCCUGGCCAUGAUGGUCUACAUGGUCGAGUCCCGCCCGGAGGUCUGUUCCCGCUUCUUCGGGAAGACCCACACGGCCUCGGUGCUGCCCUUUGGGAUCACCUGCAUCAACGUGACGGACAUGAUCGCCAAGUUCCUCAUGCUCGCCAAGAGCACGGACCGGAUGGACGCCCUCCUCAGCCAGAAGCCCUUUUGGAAGAUGUUUGCCGACCCGAGCGCCAUCACGGCCGUCCAGGAGCUGGCCCUCUCGAUGCUCUGCGACGUGGCGGCCGAGCUCGGGGAGGAAAAGCGCUGCGGGGGACUGCUCGCGGGCGCUGGACAGCCCGGGCCGGGGGACGAAACGGCGACGACCGAGGUAUGUUACGCGGGGCAGAACCGAGCGAAGCAAAGCUUGGCAUGCCAUAGUGCCACGCUUGUGCCUCCAUCCAUCCAUCCAUCCAUCCACUCAUUCACUCAUUCACUCACUCCCUUUUUUUUGUGGUUUGUUUAUUCCUUUCUUUUUCUGUGGCACGGCUUGAUUCGAUUCGAUUUGAUUUUCGCUCUCAAUUCGCUCAUUUCCUUCCCACGUCUUCAGGUCACGGUCUUUGACUUUUCGACCAUCCUCGAGCGGACCGAGAAACGCGUCCGGGACGACCUUCUGGGGGCGGGACCAAAGACGAUCGACGAGCUACGGUCCAUCGAGGGCCGCCUCCGACUCCGCUACAAGACCCAGCUCGAGCGCAGGCUCCAGCGGGCCCGGGAGCAGCAGCAGCAACAACAGCAGCGGUCGCAGCCACCGACCCCUUCCGGGGGAGAGGCGGAACCGGGCGAGACCACCCUUCAACACCACCACCAGCAGCAGCUGAAGGACGCCAUGGACAAGGCCAGCAGCCUCGCCGGCGGCUUUUUCGCCAGGGUCAAGAGCGGCGUCGCCCACAAGCUCGGCAAGGAGGAGGAAAAUUCCGCGCCUGCUCCGGAGGCGACGAUCGUCGACCUCCCCCCGGCCGCCGUGGCGAGGGCACCGGCCAGCGGCGGGUCCGACGGGGACUGGACCGGGACCGACAUUGCGGCCGCCACGGACGGGAUCACCAACUUUAGCAUCGGGGACGACGAGGACGACGCCGACCUGUUGCUGUAGGCGCCCCGAGGCGGUGUCUCGGAGCGGGGGGUUCGAGAAGCCCUCGCGACGAACGACACGGCUGGACGUCACCGAAGAGAACGGCGACACACACACAUGCACGAACAAAUGCACACGACGGAACACGAGACGCCGGUGCCUGGCGCCUUUCUGCUGUUCCGUCUCGAUAGAAGGAUAAGACGCAAAUCUAGAAUCUCAUAGCACGUUUUAUGGAUUCGUAACACACGCACACACACACACACAAUAUUUUGUCGUAUUGUAUCUGGAAACCCUAGCACCCGAUCCCGUUUCAAGCGGUGCGUUCUUUCGGGUCAUCGAACGACAGUGAUCACAAUGCAGGCAUUCUUUGGUAUUGGUAGUCUAUAAAAAAAUUAGGGCGGGUUG